AUGUUCGCACGUACCAACGGACCCGCGUGGACACUUAUAGCAAGGUGCAUCAGACAUAGCUCGUCGUCAGCCAAGCGCACGGCCUCGGUGCUCUCGUCGCCGAGUGCCGCCUCGGCGCCUCCACCACCCCCACCGACGGCCGAGAGCGAAGCCGCCCUACGACCGCAGCCCUUCAUCCCCAAGCCGCUUUCAAGAUCGUACCAGGUUGCAUCACUGUCACCGUCCUCGCGAAACCCGAAUCAGUCGACGACGAUAUCACUGCAGCGUGGUACGGCGCCCAAGGUCGAGCUCGAGUUGCCGAACCUGUUCCUGCGAGACGCCUCCGUACACCUAUCGCACGUCCAUCCUGCAUCACAGCAGAAGCUUUUCCGGACCUCAGAUAUCCCACUCGAUGCCCACGUGAUCGGGUACGGCGUGCACGAGAUUGCGGGGGAGGACCAUCUCGUGAUGGAGUGGAGUGGUCCCGUCCACGGUGUCGAGGCCAAGAGCGCCAAGCUCUCCGUUACGCCUCUGAGCCUGCUGGUCAAGGCCCUCGAAGGCCAGAGCGAGAAGGACAUCGUCCCUAGAGCCAAGGCGUGGGAUAGACAGGCGCUUCUGUCGAGGCUCAAGACGAUCGAAUACGCCGAGUUCGUCCGUUCGAAACAGACCCUCUUUGAUGUUGUCGAUGCGAUGCUCAAAGACGGCUUGGUCUUCCUCAAGAAUGUGCCGACGAGUGAAAAGCAAGGACAGGACACCGAGUUGAAGCGAUUGGUCACGAGGAUCGCGAGCGUGAGAAAGACAUGGUACGGCGAUCUGUUCGAUGUCAAGGCCGAAAAAGGCUCCAAGAAUAUCGCAUACACGAACCUGGAUCUGGGACUUCACAUGGAUCUGGUGUGAGGCAAACUUUCAGCGAGAUGUACCCGACCCAGCAAAAGCUGAUUGUACAACUCUUUUUCUCUGUCCUGUUCGAACGCAGUCACUUUGCGCACCCACCUCGAUGGCAGUUCCUACAAUCUCUUCUGAACGGCGGUAUCAUCGGAGGCUCCUCGUACUUUGUCGACUCGUACGCCGUGGCCAUGUCGAUCCGCUCGAUCGAUCCUUCGUCAUUCGACGUGCUGACACGAGAACUAGUGCGCUUCGAGUACAAGAACGGAGACUAUCACACGCGGUACGACCGACCCGUGAUCGAGCUCGCACCAGAGUCAACACUGUUCGACCCCAUCAUGACCGCGAUUAACUACUCGCCGCCUUUCCAGGGGCCACUCCCACUGCCUUCGACCCCCGACGCGGCCGAUCGGUUGGCCAAACUCCACCGAGCGUUGCAGCUCUUUGCGCAGCAAUGCGACGACCCGGCCUUUCGCUAUGACACGCAACUCCAGCCGGGUGAUUGCGCGCUGUUCGACAACCGGAGGGUGCUGCACGCGCGGACGGCGUUUGAGUUUGAGAGCGACAAGCAGGUGUUGGAGACGAUUGAUGAGCAAGAGAGGGGGCGAUGGUUGAAAGGCGCGUACGCCGAUGGGGACGAGGUGCUCAGCCGAUGGAGGGUACUCAAUGCCAAAAGGAUCAGAGGCAAGUGGAAGUAG